CUUCGCUCAGAAAAGUUAUACUACCAAAUUGGAAUAGCUUCGAUUUUUCUUUCAACGUUCUCCAUAAUAACGUUAGUGAUUUCGAUAUCAUUUAUCUAUGGACGAAGUGAUGUUCAUCAUAAAGAACUCGGCAAACAAGAAUCUACUGACUCUUUAUGGAACGAAAUCUUCGAACUUCGCAAUAUUGUAGAUCCACACAUAAAACACCUCGUGAGAAAACCACGAAAGGCAUGGUUUGAAGGUGGACUUUGUAAAGGUUGUAUUACACUGGCGUGCAAUAUGGGGCCCCCCGGCCCACCUGGGGAACCAGGACCCGACGGAUCGCCCGGUGAACCGGGCUCGCAAGGUAUAGCUGGACAAGAUGGUCUAGAUGUUCAGCUGGAAUCGGAACCUAAUCUUCCUUGUGUGGUCUGUCCAGCUGGUCCGCCAGGGUUAAGAGGGCCCCAAGGAGAACGCGGAAUGACGGGCCAUCUUGGUCUUCCAGGUGAACCAGGACCAAAUGGUAUUGCAGGUACAGACGGUCCGCCUGGCCUACCGGGAGCUGUUGGAACACUUGGUGAGCAGGGACCCAUUGGACCAAAAGGUUCUGAAGGAGAUACCGUUAUAGCGGGAGUUGGUGUAAAAGGACCCAUUGGCCCACCUGGGCCACGAGGAAUGAAAGGAAGGCCGGGACCUCAUGGUAAAGGCUCGAACAGCCCGGGCAAUCCAGGCAGUCCUGGGCCUGCUGGACCUGCUGGACCAAUAGGAAGACCUGGACUAGUGGGACUGGAAGGUCCUUAUGGACCUCCAGGUGAUCCAGGGAUGCCUGCUUCAUACUGCGCGUCCGAUUGUGGAGUUCAAAACAUAGUGGCAGACGUAGUGCCAAGAACCAGUGAGAAGAAGUUCAACGAGUACGCACCUCCCACUAGUCAGCCAAAUGAUGAAUAUAAUUCUAUAAAAGACGAUGGUUACGGCAGUCUUCGACUUCACGAUUUCGCUGAAUAUGAACGAAAAAUGAGAAAGAAGAUAAUAAAAAAGUUGAUGAGGGCAAAAAGAACGAGAUUUUGA